CAGGGCCAAGCACGAUUGGACCCGUGGAUCGCGGCGUGCGACGGUUCUCUAGGUGCGAUUUUGUUCCCCGUUGGGUGGUCGAGCCAAAAUCGGCGCUGCCGGUGGGCGUCCGGUGGGCGUGCUCGACGGCAGCGUGGUAUUGAUGCUUCCUCGAAACAGUCUUGGCCGUCUCAGGGCCGGCCCACCACGACCCCAGCCGAUCGCUGCAUCGGCCACGCUGGAAUUGCGGCACGCCUACUGGCUGCGCUUGCCUUGCCUGUCCCUUGCAGGGGCUGCCACGGAGCCUCCCCCCUGGCCCCGUUUCGAAGGAGGCGUUGAGAACCGCCCCCAUGCUAGCCGACCAGCUCCGAGCGCCCACGGAAGUCCCAUCGAGGGAAAGUCGAUCCAAGACUUGCCAUCGCAAGCUCCCGGCGUGACGGCUCGACCUUCCCUGUAGGGGCCGCGUACCUACGCUCUCCGCGGCAGACGGCUACACACACCACGCCCAACCCGACCCCCGACAAGGGCACGGCAGCGCAAGCAGCCCUGCCUAGCACGCCUGCGGCCAUUGCAUCGCAGAGGCGAGAGUCUCAAGUGGGGUGUGUGUGGAGAGAGGGGAGAGAUUGACGGCUAAUAUUGCACGAACCUCUUGCUUGGGUUCAAGAAGCAGGGCGCUCGCGGCACCUUUCUCAUUUUCUUCUGGCCUCUUUUUGUUCCCUCCACCCCCCUCUCGACAAACAUCCCGUGUUUUUCUUCUCUUCUCCUUCUUUCUUUCUUCGACGGCAACUGGCUUGCGGGGAUCGAUCUAGUUCUUUUAUUUCGCGGGUCGUUGCAAACAUCAUUGGAGGACAAGCGCCACCGACACUAACAUGCGCACCCAGUAAACGGACUCUUUCCUUUCCCUCCGUUCUGUUAUUCACUUCGCUCUGCGCUGGGUCGCAUUUAUUUGCUUUCCCUUUCGUGGCAUUUUUUGCCAUCAUUUUCAUAUCUUUGCGCGGCCGGUCCUUUCAACUAUCGAAGCGAGUCUUCCUUUAUACGUCACGACAUCACCCCGAUAAGCGAGUUCGAUAUGCGUCCCCCACGAACUGUUGAGGAGCUCAUGGCCAUUCUUGGCCGGAGGCAGACCAAUGUCCCCACCCGGCUGCCGGCCCCGGUGCCGGCUCCGAUCCUCCUCAUCCAGCCCGGCGUUACCACCCGAUCGAUCCCCGGUUUUGGCGUUUCCCCGACCCAGCCCGCGAGGGCUCCCGCACCCGCACCGCAGCAAUCGAGCCAGCAGACGAGCGUCGCGAGCAGCACGAGCGCGAGCGCCCAGUCGACGGCUUCCACCACUGCCGCCAGCAGCACGAGCACGAGCGCCCGGUCGACGACUUCCACCACUGCCGCCAGCAGCACCAGCGCCCGCGCCGUUAGCAGCGCAGUCAACAGCGCCAUCAGCAGCAGCGUCGGCCUGCCCAGCCAGACCGAGGCCCCUACCAGCGCAUCCCGCGGCCGCGGGAGAACCUCGGCGACUCCGACUCCCUCUGCUUCCGUGCUGCCCGAGGCUGGAAACUUGAUCCCAGGACUCCCCUCCGAUUCCUCGACCGGCACCAUGGCCUCCGACAUGAUGAAGCCGACCGAAUCCGCCGAAGCGCCCGACAGAGGAUCUGCCAACGCCGACUCGCCCGACGCCCGUGGCCAGCAGAUUGGAGUGUUGGUGGGGAUACUGGUCGCCGUCGGUCUUGUCGCCGGUAUCAUCGCCAUGUUUUGCGUUCGCCAAGCCAACAGAAAGAAAGCCAAGCAGGCGGCGGAGCGUGCGCCCACACCAGACUUCAUCUCCCGCCCCUUAGCAAGAACCGACUCUAACCCCUGGCAGGGACCAAUCCGGUCAGGGAGUGGCGGGGUGGGAGCAACUAGUGGAGGGAACGUGGCGGCCGCCAGCGCUGGCGCAGCGGCUGCUGGACGGGACGAUGAGUGGCCCAUGGGUGCCAGGAGCGCCAACCGAAACUCGAUGGAAAACACGCGAUACGAUGAGAAGCAACAGUACGCCGCUCAGCGGCCUCCCCCGCCCGUCGGCGCGGCCGGCAGCACUAGCCGGGCUCAGGACGGCCAGGCCGGCUUCGCCGGCGGCGCGGGCAUGGGCGGCAGCUACGCCGGCGGAGGCAACGAACAGUACACGCAGUACCCAAUCUCGCCUGCCCCCGUGGGCAUGACCCAAACCCAGGCCGACAGGGAGUCGCUCAGCAAGUACCAGGCCAUCGCCAAGAUCAACCAGCACUACGCCGCCGCCGAGAGGAUGUCGAGACAGCCGGGCAACUUCGAGCCCGCCAACCCCCCGUCCCCUCUCUACUUCAGGCCAACGCCCAACGCCCCAAGGCCGGACAGCACGACGUUCGGCGGCGGCGGCGGCCGGUACGGAGGAGCACCCCAGCAGGGUCGGUACUAAUCGGGUUGAGUGAUGCCGCCAGGGUCAAGGGCGGGAACUGUUGUACGAUAUCUGACAUUCUCUUGAUCUUUUCUUUUCCACGAGGGAGCGUUGCAUUUCCGGGGUUACGCAUGGGAGACGACGCCUGUACCACCACGCUAAAGAUACCACUACCCACUGUCUCUUCCGGUUAAUAUUUUUUGGCGGCUUAUUAUACGCCAUGACAUGACACGACACGCACAAGAUUCCUAGAUAUUCAUAUAUCAGAUACUUCAGGCCGGGAAGCAUCGGCAAUGGAAGCUUUCUGGAAAACGAGCCCGCAAGGGGCGAUAAUGGUGCGUGUGGAUAGGGCAGGAAGUAAGAUACCUAGGUAGUUACGUAUAUGACCUUCAUCAUUGCAAGUCUUGUGCUGCUACAGCGGGCC